CGCAGGCGCAGGCGCUCGCCCGCGUCCUCCGGCCGGCUGGCGAUUGUGCGCGUGCGCACGGGAGAGGCGUGAGGAAGAGUCGCUGAAGCGCGCAGGUGGAUGGAGGAGUGGUCCCGAGAGUAACUGCCCGGAGAGAUGACACAUGGGGUCUCAGCAUUCCUCCUCUGCCCGCACAUUUUGUCCGCGGAAGAAGGAUGACAACCUGGAGGACUUGCAGUCCGAGAGGGAGCAGGAGGAAGCCAUCGCUCACUUCCCCUAUGUGGAAUUCACGGGGAGAAACAGUAUCACCUGUCACACCUGCCAAGGAGCGGGCUACGUCCCAGCAGAGCAACUCAACGAGUUGGUGGCUUUGAUCCCCCACGGUGACCAGAGGCUACGCCCCCAGAGAACUAAACAGUACGUCCUCCUGUCGGUCCUGCUCUGUCUCCUGGCAUCCGGCUUGGUGAUUUUCUUCCUGUUCCCACACUCAGUCCUCGUGGAUGACAAUGGCAUCCGAGUGGUGAAAGUCACAUUUAAUAAACAGGACUCCCUUGUAAUGCUUGAUGUCAUGGCCACCCUGAAAAUCAGGAACUCCAACUUCUAUCCUGUGGCAGUGACCCACCUGUUUAGCCAGGUUCAGUACAUGAAAGCUGUGGUUGGCACCUAUGUGGCCACUAACGUCUCACUCAUUCCCCCUCGGAGUGAGCAUCUGGUGAAUUUUACUGUGAAGGCUGAGGUGGGAGGACCAUCUUCCUAUGUGUACUUCAUCUGCACGGUACCUGCCGUCCUGGUGCACAACAUUGUGAUCUUCCUGAGGACGUCUGUGAGUAUUUCAUACAUUGGCCACGUGUCCCAGAGCACCUUGGAGACACAACACUAUGUGGAUUGCGGGGCGAAUUCCACAGCUGUUUAGAGCCUGCCCUUAGUUCUCCAGCGGCUGCACCUGUAGAAGGAAGCUAACAUCUGCCCCCACAGCCCAGCGUCCGUGCUGACCCUGCAUGGGGUAAGGGAGGAGGAAGUGGUUCUCUGAACCCACAGAAAGCAUCCUUCCGCACUUACGGGAGAGCCGUCUUCACAGCACCUUGUGUCUUUCUUGGAACCAGCAAAAUCACUGCCCAGUGCCUAGUCUGUGCCUAGCAAAUAGUCAGCACUCAAUUACAGCUUGAAGAAUUGAAUUCAGCUAUUUCGGCUGUUGUUGAGAUGAACCAGGGUUCUAGCCUUUCAGACCAGAGUGACAUGAAGGUAGGAUGUUGGUGACGCUGCAGAUGUAUGGGUGCCGCAGUAGUGUGCGCAGAAGCCACCAGCAAGAGGGGCGUCCAGAGGACCUUCAAGGAGCCCCUCAACAGCUGCAUUUGUCUCCAUCUGUUCCCUAAUGCCCAGGAGCUUUACAGAAAGGUUUGGUUUUUUUUUUCCUUUCCCUUACAAAGUUAUUACAUCCCCCACCCCCAGCCUACUGUUGGGCUUGAUGUACCUUUGAUCCACUGGCUGGACAUGGAUUGGGGAUUUGAUAGAAAAAUAAACCAUGUUUUUGAUUGA